AUGCUCACUGCUCUCCUCUUCAUCAUUGUCCUUCUGGCAAUUGCCCUGUUGAGCUGGCGGCACAUGGGGCACUGCCAGGGGAAAGAUUUGAGGGAUCUACCCGGCCCCAGGGCUUUGCCUCUCAUUGGCAACCUCUUCCACAUGCUCCAACCUAACCUCCCCAUCCAUUUCCUCAAGUUGGCCUGUCAAUAUGGACCGAUCUACCGCCUGCGCCUUGGGAACAAAGACGUGGUUGUGCUGAACAGCUCAGAAGUAAUUCGCGAGGCACUAAUUCGGAAGUGGUCUGACUUCGCUGGACGGCCUCACAGCUUUGUUGGAAACCUGGUUUCAAUGGGAGGCAAGGACCUCUCCCUUGGCGACUAUACCCCGACGUGGCGGCUACAAAGGAAAAUGGCCCACACAGCCAUCCAGCGCUGCCUACGGGGCGACAUGGAGCAGAUUGUACAGAGCCAGGCUCAACACCUCUGCAAAGUUUUUCAUAGUUAUGAGGGGCAACCUGUGGAUGUGGCUCAUGAUUUUUCCCUGCAUGCCUGCUCUGUUAUUUCUACCAUGCUGUUUGGACCUUUGGACAUGGCCAGUGUUGAAGAAAUGCACGAUUGCAUGAUUGAGCUGGUGAAAACAUGGAGUGCGGUUCCUAUCAAGCUUGUGAAUUCCCUGCCCAUCCUCAGAAUUUUCCCCAACGCCACACUGAAGCACUUGCUUUCCUGUAUUGAAAACCGAGACUCCUUGGUCCAAGGCCAGAUGGAGAAACACCAGGAGUCCCACCACUCCUCAGAGGCACGAAACAUGGUGGGCCAUAUGCUGCAGUUCCUUCGUGACCAUAAUAUCAGCAAGUCAGGGGAGACUGGCCUCCUCCCAGAACAUGUCCACAUGGCCAUUAUUGACCUUCUCAUUGGAGGUACUGAAACCACAGCUACCUUACUGACCUGGACUGUAGCCUUUUUGCUCCACCGCCCACAGAUCCAGGAGCAAAUCCACAAAGAGUUAAUGACAGUUGUAGGACCUCAUCGUGAGCCCACCUAUAGUGACCGAAAGCAUCUGCCCUACCUCAGCGCCACCAUCUGGGAGACCUUGCGCAUGCGUCCUUCGGCACCCCUUGCUUUGCCUCACAUGACUACCCAUGAUACCAGUCUGUCUGGUGUUUCCAUCCCCAAGGGGACAACAGUCAUCCCCAACCUCUAUGGAGCCCAUCAUGAUCAAAGCAUAUGGCCAGACCCCCAGGAGUUCAGACCAGAGAGAUUCCUGGAAAGCAAUGCCAUGGCCGAAGCCCAGCGGCACUUGGUGCCAUUCAGCUGUGGAGCCCGGGUUUGCUUAGGGGAAGCCUUGGCCCGCAUGGAGUCCUUCUUCUUCCUCACCUACCUACUGCGGGAUUUCCAGAUCUUGCCCUCUCCAUCUGGAUCAUUGCCUAGCCUCCAGCCACGCUGUGCAUUUCUCAUGCAUUGCAACCCAUUCUUGACCCACCUGGUGCCAUGGGGGGUGGCUGACUCUGCAGAAUGAGGUCUCUGCAUGGCAAAGGAACACAAAUGCCAGGGUUGUGGUGGUUAUUGUGUGGGACUGGGGAACACCCAGGUUCAUAUCUUCAUUGAGCCAAGGAAAUCAUUGGGGGACUUUUGGCCAGUCACUCUCUUUGACCUGACCUACCUCACAGGGUUGUUGUGAGGAUAAAGUGUGCAGGAGCAGAGGCAAGUACACCAUCUGAAUCCAUUAGCAGAAUUGUGAGAAAGAAAUACAGUCAGCCCUUUGUAUCUACACAUUCUUUAUCCAUGGGUUCAAACAUCCAUUGCUUGAAAAUAUUAUAUGAGCCUGGUGCGCCGGCCUGGCCAUGUACUAAGGUUGCGCAGAGGCAGAGCGUCAGCACACCCCGCAACCCUAGUAUGUGGUGGCGGCAUCAGCAUGGCAGCCUCCUGUCCACAUAGGGGUCACCAUGAUGAUGUCAUGCAUACGCCGUGACCAAAUGGUGCGGCAUGUGUGUGAUGUCUCCGUGCUGCCCCAGGCCACUUAUGGCAGCCUGGCUGUGACAUGGGAAGGAGCUCCAAAACAGAGCUCCUUUUGGGCGCCACAUCGUUCCCGCAGCAACCAAAUGGCUGCAGGAAUGAUGCCCAGGAGAAAGGGGUCAGGCGGCCCCUUUCUCCCAUGGCUCUGGCUCCCAGGGUGUCCAAGGGCAUGAAGCCCCAAGCACAUCCCUUUUCUGUGCCACGAAGAAGCAGCAUUUUGCGGUUUCUCCAUGGUAUGGAAAAACUCCGGAUUGGAGCUGCAGGGCUGCUGGUGAGGCUGUCCUGUCCCCAGUCCGGAGAUAAAAGGGGUGGUAUUACCACGCCAUUGAUUCUCAAAUGCAAACUUUGAUUUUGCCAUUUUAUAUAGGGACAGCAUUUUGUUACAUCAUUGUAUAUUAUGGGAUUUGAGCAUCCACAGAUUUUGGUAUCCACCAGGGGUCCUGGCUGCAAAAACCUAGCAGAAACCAAGAGCCUACUAUAUAACUAAUAAAAUAAAUAGAUAAAACUCUCCCUCUUCUGUCCCAUUCUUCUCUCCCUGAAUUCUCCAUAGAAUUCUGCCACAGUGCCCCUGGUCUUCAUUGACUUCUCCUAACCUGCAUGGAGUGUGAGUUACAUUGGAGUAGUGUGCAUUUGACAAAUGCUUGAUUUUCAACUCUGUGCAGAAUUCUUAAAAAAAAAUCAGACAAAAUAAAUGAGUGUGCUUUCUUUUGAAGAUCCUGUUUUACAGUAUGAGAAGUAUUGGUUUAAA